AUGGAUGAUUUUGUAAAAGAAAGCCUACUGAAAUGGAUUACACGGAUAAUCAAAACAGAUGUUACAGACACUGACCUGAGAGAUGGAACAGUAUUCACCCAAUUAAUAGACCUGUCACGGUAUGUACCCAAAGUGACUGAUUUAGGGUGUGUUAAAGACCAGAUUACUUCCUUUCUAGAUGGCACUUUCCAUUCUAACGUGUCAGAUUUAUUUGACAUUGAUGGAGUGUUAUCUGGCGCAUCUGCUGAUCUGGAGGUGUAUGGUGUAUGCUUGACAGUUUUAUUAGGAUGUCUUCAAAGUCCCUCUAAACAAUCAUUCAUGGAUGCUGCUUUGGAUUUAACUUUGGAUAUGCAGACCGCUAUAUUUCAUCUGAUUCGAGUGCCUAUGAUCCGUCUAUCCUUCCAUCAUGAAUUCACACGAGAAUUAGUCAUAAACACACUUUUAAAUCCAUUGUCUGGCAUGCAAAAUGAUAGUCAGCUGAUUCACCAACCGGAUAAUGUUUGUCAAACAGAGGAUGAAACGGGAGAACAGCCUCCGACGGCAAUAUCUUCAAGUGAUAUUCCUGAUUGUCAGAAAUCAGUCAAUACUGCCAAUAAGGAUCGUGAUCUCUCAGUGAACGCUUCUGACUUCGAAUUUUUACGUCCCACUUCACCUUCACGAUAUGUUAAUAAACAAACAAAUAAGACGAAAGGUGUUUCAAGUCACCAGAGACCCAGUGAUUUGUCUUUGUGUAGCACCAUUGAUUUGAAUUUAAGUGCUGCAUCAUCUCGCCUGAAUCUAGCCGGCACUCCAGAACGCAAUACAAACCAUGGGCAUCAUGGGAUUCCACAACCAGCUUCACCACUUACAUCUUUGAAAUGUCUUUUGGACUCUCCGUCCUUGACACACAAGACACAGCUACGAGAAUCAGAGCGUGAAAAACGACGUUUGUUAGCAGAACUUGAGAAGGAACGGACUUGCAGAGAUGAAGCUGAAAGUUUAGUUGCUGGACUUCGAAGUCAAGUUGAAAAAGCUACACUUCGAGCAACUGAGUCAGAAUCACGUGCCUUGCGCCUAUCUCGUGAAUUAAAGGCGCUUCAUGAUCAGGGCGAUGAGUUGGCUCAUUGUCGAAAUGAAUUGACACUGAAAGAAAAAGAAAUUGCAAAUUUAAAACAGCGUGUCAAUGGUUUUCAAGACCUUAUGGCACAUUCCCGAAAAUUAGAAUUGGAAAAAAUAGACUUACAGCAAGAAUGUGAAGAUCUUCGUCUAAAGGUAGAUCAACAGUUGUGCCAAAUAAGAGAAUUCAAAGAGCGACGUAUUAAAUGUAGUGAAAUUGAAGAGCUUAAGUCAAAAUUGCGUGAAGUUGAAGCUCAGUUAGCUCAACAAUUACGUGAACGUGAAAUGAUUGAAAAGGAUACAAGACAACAAAAUGAAAUGUUAUCACAACUUAAACUACAGUAUUCAAUGAAAAAACCUCAUCCUUGUGACACGUCAAGUGUUAUCAAUCAGUCUGGUUGUAACAUUGACGAUGUAGAAUAUGAUGUACAAGUACCUGCAACUCCAUUAUUGAAUGGAAAUGGAUUGCAAAAUAAAGAAUCUGUGUUGAAUAAUUCAUGCCAAGACUUGUCGUUCUUUAAACCCGGUGAAAAUUUGGGCAGCGUUUUAGAAGAUGACUUAAAAUCUGCACGUUUAUUCAUAUCGAAAUUACAGCUACAGUUUGAUGAAGAAUUGGGAUCAGCCAAACAAUUAUUGGAAGAGAAAACUAAACGUUUAUGCGAACUUGAACAUAUUAUAAGUACACGGAUGGCAUUAGUCACGAUGGAUGCCGCCACACAAACUGAAGUUUCGCAUGCAUCAACCAAUUCUGAUGAAUUAUUGUCUCCGGAUUUACUGCAAACUUUAACAGUUGAUGCGUGUAGUGCAUCAGCUGCAGAUAGACGAGGUCUUUCAGAUGAGCUGGUUCGCUUGCACGAAGAAAUAGCAGACUCGAAAAGUUAUGCCCGAGAACUUGAACAAGAGUUAGCAGAAGCUAAUGAAGAAUUACGCUGUACUAAAGAUGAAUUAAUUGUACAAACUACUCUGUGUAAUAGAAAUCAACAAAAUUGGAUUAUGUUAGAAAAAGAAUAUCGUGAAUUACAACAUCAAAAUAGAUUAUUACAGAAUAAUUUAUUAUCAGCAGAAGAGAAUCUUUCACGUACAGAAACAACUCCGCAAAGUGUAGACUUUGAAGCAGCUCGUAUGAAUUAUGAAAAAGAAAUUAAUCUAUUAAAUCAACAGUUAGUGGAAGCAACCUUUGAAUGCCGUCGACUAGAAGCAGAACGUGCUCGUGUAGCAGAGCGUAAUUCAGACUUACAACGUGAAUUAGAAACGACCAGAGUUCUAGUGGAUUCAUUAAAACAGAAUUCUGAAAGCAAAUCAAUCGAUUGUCAUUAUAGUCAACCGAGAAGAAGUGCACCAGUAAUUCUACCACCUGAUCACAAUCAUCAUCGUCCAUAUCAUCACCAGUACAAUGGUGUCCUAUCUAAAAAUGCCAGAGUUAAUCAAAGACGCUUAAGUGAUUCCCUUGAAGAUUGGGAGGAUAGUGAUCAUGACGAGGAGUUUUCACAGUCCCAUCAUAUUCGAUCAUCUAUUUAUCCAUAUGAAAUGAAACAACCAAUCAAUCAGCCUGAACAUUAUUCUUGUGCUAUAGUUAAUCAUUCAAGUGAAGCUUAUAAGCCGAGAUCUGCUACUAUUAAUGGGAAUAAAAAUAAUGAAAAUUUAGUUUACUCCAAGCGUAAACGUCAUUCAAAGUUACGCACAGAUUCGAAACAGUUAAGUCGUCUGGCUUCUAGAACACAAGAAUUAGAAGAAUAUGCUAUUCGACUACGUGAACAAUUCGAUCAGCAUCAGUCAUUGACUCAAAUGAAUUCUUUGAUAGGUGUUUAUCCAAAUAUAGCAGAAGCGAAUAACACCACUAAUAUUAAUAAUCACAACAAUAAUGACAGUAAUAAUAAUAACAAUAAUAAGCAUAUGAUGACAGCUCCUUCAAUCACGGGAAAGAAUCAUCAACAUACAAAUGGUUAUACCAAUGAAUAUGUUGAUAAUGGUGAUUGUUAUGCUGUUCACGAACAGGAUACGGAUGCCGAUUCAUCAGCUUAUACAGACUUAAGUCAAGUUUCUCCGGUGUCACAACCAGUUGACUCAGAUCCUAAUCGUCUUAAAGAAUUACAUUUGCGCAAUCGUCUACAACCUUCACAUUUACGAUCAAGUUAUCCAGUUGAAACUCAGGCGAUCGAUUCAACUGAUAUUGUCGGCACCUUAAGUCAAAUAACUACUGAUAACAAUCUGUCGAAUAAAAACAAAAGUCGAAGUCAUAAAGGACAUCAUCACACAAAAGAGUCUUCCGUAUCAAAUAGUGCCAACAGUCAGUCUACUAUGUUGUACAAUACAACAGCAAAUAACAAUACCAGCGUCACUCGACUUGUUCCAUCCGCUUUGUCGAAUGAUCCGAAACACACCUCGCAAAUUAAAUCUAUCCAAGAUAGAAAUAACUUUGAAUCAGAUUCAACUCCUUCACCGUUGGCUGCUGGUUAUCAGCCAUUACCGAAGGAUAUACAAUCUCUGGGUGAAGCGUUAAUUUCAGCAUCUGUAGAUAGUAAAGCUAUGAAUUAUGUGUUAACCACUCAUCCUAAUCUGAUCAAAUCUGUAGUCUCUGAAAAAGAAACUACUCCUUGUAGGUCGUACUCACUGACCACUAACGGCCUUCAGAACGGUGUACAUAGGUUAUCGUCUUCAGAGAGAAAAAUUGAGUAUCGUAACAGUAUUCCUGAAGCUUUUUCAAAUCAUAAUAAAAUACAUAAUCGAUAUGAUGAAACACGCAAUGGAAGAAAUAGUGGCGGUGAAACAUCGUCUGAUAAUGAAAAUGUAAAUCCCCCUCCUCCUCCUCCUACAUCUACUGCUGCCAUGGUCAAUCGUCGACUUGCUCAUUCUGGUUUAUUUGUAAAACCAUUGAAUCCUGUUCAAAAUCAUCGAAGUAAAAGGGUAGACGCAUAUCCUAAUCAACGAAAUGGUGUUUCACCGACCAAUUCUGUGCGUAGUAUAGAUGAUCUUAGUGGUGCAUCAAGUAUACGAAGCAGUAAGAGUUCUAUUGCCUUUGAAAUAAAAAAUGAUCAUAAAUCAACUGUCCGACGUGGACCUGCACGAUUACCUUCACAAAUCAAUGGUAAAUCAGGGAAAUCAAACAAGAUGAACAGUGGUGCUGGUGGUGGUACUGGUGGUGAUCGUGUUAUUCAACGAAUUAAUUGUAAACCUGCAUUUAAUGAAAGUAAACUAGCGACAGCUACUCCAAUUAUUCCACAAAGACAUAUUGCACCUUAGACUUUUUAUCAACUGUGUACUAAUAUAAAUAUGAAUUUUUUUUACAAAUCAAAGAGGUCUGUGCAUCAGUUUAUUAUAUUUCAAUUAUCAAGUGGCAAUACUUGAAAUAUUGAAUGCCAAUUUUUUAAUUCCCUUUUUUUUGUUAUACUUCCAAGACCCCCGUUUUGUCUCUUUUUAAUACUUAUUCAAUAAAUCGGAAUGCUUUGUACAUUCCAGUUCAUUUGAUUCAGGCUAAGAUGAAUCGGGGUUUGGUUUUUCUCUUCUUUUUUUCUAUACCCCCUCUUGUUGUUGCUGUAGUUGUUUCACAUUUGUCUUUUAA